CUCCAGCCAGCCAGGCUUCACGGGCACUCUCGGGGGCUGGUGUCACUGGUCGCUGCUGCGCGGGACAGCCCACCAUGGCCUCAGACCACCAGACCCAAGCGGGCAAGCCGCAGCCCCUAAACCCCAAGAUCAUCAUCUUUGAGCAGGAGAACUUCCAGGGCCACUCUCAUGAACUCAGUGGGCCCUGCCCCAACCUGAAGGAGACUGGCAUGGAGAAGGCAGGCUCCGUCCUGGUGCAGGCUGGACCCUGGGUGGGCUACGAACAAGCCAACUGCAAGGGCGAGCAGUUUGUGUUUGAGAAGGGGGAGUACCCCCGCUGGGACUCAUGGACCAGCAGUCGGAGGACGGACUCCCUCAGCUCCCUGAGGCCCAUCAAAGUGGACAGCCAAGAGCACAAGAUUGUCCUCUAUGAAAACCCCAACUUUACGGGGAAGAAGAUGGAGAUCAUUGAUGAUGACGUGCCCAGUUUCCACGCCCAUGGCUACCAGGAGAAGGUGUCGUCCGUGCGAGUGCAGAGUGGCACGUGGGUCGGCUACCAGUACCCUGGCUACCGUGGGCUGCAGUACCUUCUGGAGAAGGGAGACUACAAGGACAGUGGGGAUUUUGGGGCUCCCCAUCCCCAGGUGCAGUCUGUGCGCCGCAUCCGUGACAUGCAGUGGCACCAGCGGGGCACCUUCCACCCCACCAACUAGUGCCCCCAAUCUCCCCCAUCCCAGGGGCCUGGUCUGCUGCCCAGGAUCACCUCAGACUUCCCAGUGAGUGAAUAAAGUGUGCCUUGCAACUUGUC